CGCUCUCCCAGCAUCCCUUGCGCGCCGGCCCUGCGGUCAGUCUUCGGGCAGCCCUAGCGCGCUGCUUUUUGAGCGCGAGCCUGCCCGGGGGCCGAGCCCCGGACGCGGCUGUGCGACAUGGCACAGCUGGAGGGCUACUACUUCUCGGCCGCCCUGAGCUGCACCUUCCUGGUGUCCUGCCUGCUCUUCUCCGCCUUCAGCCGCGCCCUGCGCGAGCCCUACAUGGACGAGGUCUUCCACCUACCUCAGGCGCAGCGCUACUGCGAGGGCCGCUUCUCCCUGUCGCAGUGGGAUCCUAUGAUUACUACAUUGCCUGGCCUGUACCUGGUGUCAGUAGGCGUUGUCAAACCUGCCAGCUGGAUCCUUGGAUGGUCUGAGCAUGUUGUCUGUUCCAUUGGAAUGCUCAGAUUUGUCAAUCUUCUCUUCAGUGUUGGCAACUUCUAUUUGUUGUAUUUGCUUUUCAGAAAGGUACAGCCCAGAAACAAGGCUUCUUCAAGUAUCCAGAGAAUCUUGUCAACAUUAACCCUGGCGCUAUUUCCGACCCUCUAUUUCUUUAACUUCCUUUAUUAUACGGAGCCUGGGUCUGUGUUCUUCACUCUUUUUGCUUACUUGAUGUGUCUUUAUGGCAACCAUAGGACUUCAGCCUUGCUGGGGUUUUGUGGCUUCAUGUUUCGCCAGACCAAUAUCAUCUGGGCUGCCUUCUGUGCGGGACACAUCAUUGCACAGAAGUUCAGUGAAGCCUGGAAAACUGAGCUGCAAAAGAAGAAGGAAGAGAGGCUUCCCCCUAUUAAGGGACCAUUUUCAGAACUCAGAAGAGUUCUCCAGUUUCUCCUGGUGUAUUCCAUGUCAUUCAAGAACCUGAGGAUGCUUUUCCUGUUGACCUGGCCCUACAUCCUUCUGCUGGUUGCAUUUUUUGUUUUUGUGAUAGUCAAUGGUGGGAUUGUUAUUGGUGAUCGGAGUAGUCAUGAAGCCUGUCUUCAUUUUCCCCAGUUAUUCUACUUUUUCUCGUUUACCAUCUUUUUCUCCUUUCCUCACCUACUUUCUCCUACAAAAGUCAAGACUUUUCUUAGUUUAAUUUGGAAACGUAGAGUUCAGUUCUCUGUGAUUGUAUUAGUCUCAGUAUUUUUGGUUUGGAAAUUCACUUAUGUCCAUAAGUAUUUACUGGCAGACAAUAGGCAUUACACAUUUUAUGUGUGGAAAAGAGUAUUUCAGAGACAUGAAGUUGUGAAAUAUUUAUUAGUUCCAGCCUACAUGUUUGCUGGUUGGGCCAUAGCUGACUCUCUGAAAUCAAAAUCAAUUUUCUGGAAUUUAAUGUUUUUUGUAUGUUUGGUCGCUUCUACAGUUCCUCAGAAACUACUAGAAUUCCGUUACUUCAUUUUACCGUACAUUAUUUAUAGGCUCAACAUACCUCUGCCACCUGUAUCUAGACUUGUUUGUGAACUGGGUUGCUAUACAGUUGUUAAUUUUCUAACUUUUUAUAUCUUCCUAAACAAGACUUUUCAGUGGCCAGAUAAUCAGGAUGUUCAGAGGUUUAUGUGGUAAUGACAGGAAUAUUUUGAAUUUUUAAAGUAGACUAUUCGUACAACAAAUAACUGGGUAAGUAGAAGUGAAAUUCCUUUUAGGUAAAUUCAGGGAAGUUGUAUGAAGAGCAUUAAGUUUGAGACUAGCCUGCAACCCUGAAUAAUAGUCACAAAGUUGCUUACAGUUGUCUUGAGAAGCACUGAUACUGCCUGUGACUCCGAGGUUUGGGGACUUUCCUGUGUGUGUACACAUUGAGGGGACUAGGUAAGCUCCGAAGCACUAGAACCAACUUACUGAUUUUCUUUUGUAAAGAAUUUGAAAACUGUUUACAAGUGAGCAAGCAGUAUUUCCAAGUAAAGUGGACAGAUAUUGCAGUAAAUAUAACUCUGGUCUUAAAUUAGAAUGAAUUUACAGAUACAGCAAAUCAUGAACUAGAGGCUUUGAGAUGCUUAUCUAGGAAUCAAAUUCUUAAACUUAAAAUGCAGAAGUGAUGAAGCCAUUUGAACUAAUUCCUAAUUUGAUGUUUAUAUAGGCCAAAGAUAAACUGUGUUAAUUAUAACACCUUUUACAAAUGAUCUUUCUGAAAUACAUUGUUCUAUUAGUUACCUAUGGCUCCUGUACAGAAAUGACCACCAACUUUGUGGCUUAAACUUUUCCCUCAUAUACUUACAGACAGCAGCACCUAGACUCACAGUGUUUCCAGAGCUCAUGCCUUCAGGAGAUAGGAGUCCACUGUCCCUGCUCAGCUCAUUCCAGCAGCUGUUUGGUGGGGCCUUAUAUUUGGACAGGUCCCUCCAGUCUGUCUGUGUCUUCGUAGGGUUGUCUCCACUGUCUUCUUGUACAGACAAUGCCUUUGGGUUUAGGGAUCCUCUGAUUCAGGGUGACUUUACUUGGGACUCUUGGUUAUAUCUGUAAAACUUUUCCAAGUCAGGUCCCAUUCGCAGUUUCCAGGUACACAUCAUUUUGUGAGGGGGGAGGAUGUAAUAACUUUUUAGGAGAUGUCCUUGCUGAGAGCUUUUAAGUAAAAGUUUGUCUUUAAGAUACCAAAAACAAACAAAAAAGAUGUCAGGAUUCAUAUAAUUUACAUUUGUCCCUCCUUUCCAGUCAAACUAGAAGAACUCAGAGGUGAGAAGUCAUUGACUUAGGGAACACUACUGAGUAUGACUCUGGGACUUUUUUUUUUGUUGUUGUUGUUUUUUUGUUCUAUGCUUACUGUCUUUUAUUAAUUUGAAUUUAAAAAAGGAAUUUAUUAAUGAAAGUUUAUUCCUUCAACUGACACUCCAUUACAGACACACAUACACUGUUGAUUAGUUGUGUGAUCUGACUCUAAACCCAGAACUAUGAAUAGAUAUUACUUUUUAGCCCAUUUUUCUUUCUGAGUUAUACACAUGUGUACACACACACACACACACACACACACACACACACACACACACACCAAAAACUUUGUUGUUGGAUUAUGCAUUCUUUGAGUUUUAAAUAUGUAGUGAAUUUAUAUACAAGUUUAAAAACUAUUUGCAUAAAGUUACACAUGUAGUCCUGAGUAGUUGGUCAGAAUAGACCAUUGCUUUGUUUGACACUUAGAAGGUAAGUGACUCAAGUGUAACAGCGAUUGUAUUGUAAUCGGAUCAGAAAGCACACUCCGUUUAGAGAACUAAGUCCAGGAAGCUGAAAUUGCAAACACGUGUCGUUGAGUAAAGCAACUACUGUCUGCUGCCUUUAGGCCAGGCCUUUUACAUCUAGGAACAUUGAGGGGAUGAAGGAAGCACUUUGUCCCACAUGUGGAAGGAGACUGCCUUUAGAGGCCCUCCUCCCCUUUGGUUUUAAGUGUUGAGUCACUUCUGUAUUAGGAGACAUUGUAGAGGUCUAUAGGGACAUCUACACCGCUUUCCAUGAAGUAUUGAAAGUAGGACUUGGCAUUUCAGAAUGGAAUGCUGUGAAUUAAAAGGUGCUAUUUAUUUUUCACUAUGAUUUAAAAAUGGAUGCAUGUUGAUGCUUUAUAAGGUAGAUAUUUGGUAAAUUUUCCUGGGCAGUUGACAAGAAUAUGGCCAUUUGCUGAUGAAUUUCUCAAUAUUUGUCACUAAAUGAGUAUGUGAGAGAAAUAAGCUUCAUACAGCUGGUGUCACCUUUGCUUGUUCAAAAUUAACAGAAUCAUCUCUGGGAAAUCAUUUCACUUGGAAAGAGCCUUGUUUUUGUAAACAUUAUAGAUUAUAUUUCUGAAAAAGUUUUAAACUUUGUCAAGAAUUGUCAAGUUUUUUAUUUUUAUUAUUGAAGUUGUUGAUUAAUAAGUGAUUAUAAAGGACUCAGUGGUUAAAAGCAUGAGACACCCUUUUAGGGGACCCUAGUGUGGUUCCUAGCCCCUCUAUAUGACAGUGUAUAACCCCUUUCAAUUCCACCUCUAGGGGAUCAUAGGCUCUGUAAUCUGUUUAGUCAGUUCUACUUUAUGAGAAAAUCCAUAGGCAUAGACUAUCAUUUUCAGAUAUAUUAGUAAGGGUUUGUGUGUAAUGUAUUUUGCUCACAUUUAAGCUUUCCAUGGGUGCUCCUUUUAUGGCUGUGUCUCACUGAAUGAUGUGAAAAUAUGUUCUAGUACAUAAUAUUGCAAGAGGAAUUAUUGUUCUCUGAGCUUAUCCUGUUAUACCAGCUAUAAACUAAUGUAAUUUAUUUCUGGUGAAUAGCUUAGAAUAUAAUGUAUUUCUAGUGUGAACUUACCUGACUUGCCAUUAUGCUCAUCAAAAUUGUCUAGAGAGAAGAGAAGAAUCCAUAGCUUUAAUGUAGCAUCCUAAAGAGUGAAAAUAUAAGUUAGGCCCAGUUCAAAACUAUUCAGAUAAAAAGAAUAUAGAUCACUGUUAUCUUUGAAGCAGUUAGAACGCUUUUUUAAAUGGUUAAAAUAAGUGUACAUAAUAUUUUACCUAGAGGAAGUUAAAAUCAGAUUGUAGAUUGUGCUUGGUUUUGGUUCCAGAAUAAAAAGACAUGGAAGUACAAUUUGUUUAUUCCUAGUCACAAAUGAGAAUGUUAUGUCUGAACUCUAGUUAGUAUCUGAUGUGUGUCUCACCCAUUUCAGAGAGGAUUCAUGACCUUCACAUAUCCAUGAAGCUCAUAAACACAUAUGUUAUGUUUUGGGUAAAUGUUACUUUGUAUUGAAUGGAGUUUUCAGCAAGAAGGAAGCAAAUAUCCUAGAAAAGUACUGUAUUAUCAACUUAAUCUUAGGAAGGAUUGUGUUUUAUAAUGAGAGCCACCUGGACCCCUCUUCCAUCUGUUUUCUGAGUGUUAUUUUUGGUAGUGUUUAGUGCAGAUUUGCAUAUUUAAUUGUGUAUAUGCUGCCUGCACUAGGAUAUGACUUUAAUACUAUUUUAAAUAUGAAGUCAUUUCAACAAUUAUUAUAGAAGUUUUGAUGAUUUGUGAUACUUUAAUUAUGAAAUUUCAACUGGUUUGAAACAUCUGAUGUUCAGCAGUUUUAGUUCUAGGAAGGAAGGAAUUUUAUUUGGGUGAUUUUUAUGUGUUUGAAUUCUAUGGCAAUAUGUUAUUGAGAAAUAUAUAUUAGAUUAGAUACUGAUGACAUUUUUAAUAUACCCAUGAAUCCAGCAUUAAAUUCCAUGAUGCAUAGAAUUUAUUUCUAAAGUAAGUCUUGUGAUAAUUUGGUAAUCUGGUUAAUAUCAUUAUUUUAAAAUGACAUACUUGUCAGUAGUAAUUUCUUUGUUUCUUAGACACUGGUAAACCAAAGGUAGUUAGGGUAUAUUUUUUCAAACAAGUAAUAUUAAAUAUUACAUCGAAUUUACAUUUGGCAAUUGAUCGGUUCAGUUUAUUUGAACCAUGUGUUUACCACUGUUCGCGGUGAGUAAGAACGAAAAGAAUUAAAGUAGUUGUCUUCAUCUGUUGAUGUUUUGCUGGUUGAGAUCUAUCAAUCAUCUACAUACCUACCUACCCAUCUAUAUGCUUUCUCACUUGACCCCACUCACAUUCCUAUGAUGUAGAUGCUCAUUUCCUUUUGGCUAGUAGAGAAGCUGAACGCCAGCAUUUCUGGUGACUCUCGUAAGUUCAUUUCUUUUGUAAUUGGACUUAAAGCUGUGAGUUGUUGCUCUUCUGCCUCACAGUCAAAGUUCAUUAAGAGAACUCAUGGAGCGAGGUCUCCAGUCUGUACUAGUCAGACCCCUUAGGGCACGUUACUGUACAACUUACAUGUUGCUAAAAAUGUUAGAAGCUUUUUAGAGGAGCACAGAUAAAAUGAUAAAUGCUUAAAUGGUUUCAUUACAAGACAAAUUGUUUAAAAAAAUUCUCGCUGUUUAACUUGGAAAAACAGCUCCUAUAAUAGUUCUUACAGUUAUCCAAAAUCGUUGUAUAUUCUACAUUGCUUUAAAUGUAAAUCAAAGGUCAACAAAUAGGUUUUGGCUCACAAGAAAAACACCUUUUGUUUUUAAUUACUUGGUUUCUCCAGGGGUAGCGAGCCCCCAAAAUAAAUGUGUCUCUACUAAAACAUUUCAUCAGGAGAGCGGCAGUGACUUGAGAAGGUAGAUAUGGCAUAGUACCUUUGCCAGGUGUCUCAAUACCUGCCAUUUUAAAUGCGUGUUCAUUGAAGCUGAUGUCUUUAUGGUCUUUGGUAAGAUAAGUUCAAAAUCUUUGAUAGAUUUUGUUUCUGAGUUCAAGUGGACCUUUAGUUCUUGUUACCCUAUUUUUGAAACUAAUUUUAAUUAUACAACCUAGCCAAAGGUGAUACAGUACUUCAGUGUACCAGUAUUACAAUAUUUAUCUUACAUACAUUGCAUUCCUUUGUCAGUGAAAAAUGUGUUUGUGUUUUCCCUGUAGUGAUAAAUAGGAAAUUACUGUCUGUAAUAAUUUUUAAUGAAGUGUUUACCAGGUGAUAACAAUGUGCUACAUUUUGAAAUGUUCUUGUAACUUAACUUUUUUAUUAGUCUAGAUUAAACUUUUUAUAGUUUUGUAUUGUUUUGAACCACAAAGAUUUAUUAUUAUCCACCUUUGUUUAUUAUUGUUGUUUGUAAUUUUAAGAAGGGUGUCAUAAUCCAGGCUAGCCUGGAAUUUGCAAUGUAGCCAAGAAUGACCUUGAACUCCUGAUUCUUUUGCCUCUACCUCUGGUCUGUUGGGAUUACAGGCAUACUGCACCAGGCCUAGUUUAUGCAGUGCUGGGGAUCAAACAUACGACUUCAAGCUUGCUAGGCAAAUACUCUACCAGCUGAGCUAUGUCCUUGGGCCUGAUUAUUAUACUGUGACUGAAAAUGUUUCCCAAGUUACGUGAAGUGAAGGUAAAUGUAAAAACAAAACUCGUGUGUUCAUAACUGUCUCAGAUGAUGUAACCUAACAUACUUUGCCAUGGGAUUGUUUACCUACUGGAUUUUAGGAUUGUUUCCCAUAGUGGUGUUGGCUUUGGACACUCAGCUGUACUGACUACUGCUGUCAGUGCUCCCCUCGCUAACUUACUGUUUCUCAGUUCUCUAGUGUUAAGUAUACACACACACAUAGAGAAACUACACAGAGAGAUUAUUUGUCCAGUAUGACAGAGUAGCUGGUUGAGCUUAGGUUUAUGAAUAGGCAGCCUGAGCAGAAUCCCAUGCUCAUAUUUGUGGUGUUUGGGGGGAAUGGGAAACAGACACUACACUUACCUUCACUUUUGUAGCAUUUUAGGAAAAAAAUGCCAUGAAACUAUAAUUAGACUAACUGCUUUUCUAGAUCAGACAAGUGAGGCACACAGUAACUGACUCUUCCAGAGCAGACAAUCUUCCAUUUCCCAUGUGUCCAUCAGUGCUUCAGAUUGUUAUGUGAGCACAAACUCUACAAUGCAGGCUGAAGUUUUCAGUCCUAUUAAUUUAUAAGGAAGGAAAGGUCUUUGUUACCAAAUACAGAUGUAGCUGCUUAAAACUUAAUUUUCAAAAAGACUCCUAUUUUGAAAAAAAAAAGGUUGUUUUAAGUGAUGUGUGAUUUUUAAAUCUUUCUGAAAGAAUUUGGUCUUUAUUUUAAAAAAAUAUGUGAAUAUAUGUUUUAAAUGUCGUUUUUAAGGUUUUCCAUUUUGUUAAAGACUGCAAUGUUUGACUCAAAUUGUAAUUCAUGUCAUUUAAACCAUUGAAUAAAUCUAUUUAUAAGAAUAAACUUUUAAAUAAUUUGUUUAA